CCUUCUUUGCUGAUCGCCAAGCGUGCCUUUGGAAAGAAUGGAUGACAAGCAGAAGGACGACGCCGACUUUGCGCCGCCUUCUCGUCGGCGAUCCAGGCGAGAUGGCAAUGAGCUCCAGGACUCCGGCUUAAUGUCCGACAAGUCCUCCUUCAGAGGCGCAUCAACUGCGGCUUCACAUCCCGCUGACACGUUCUCUGGCCUCAACUUAUCCUUCGGCUUCACGCCCAUGCAGUUCGAAAAGCUCGACUUGCGAGGCAAUCACAAGCCUGGACCCGGUCGAGAAGGCAUGGGGUUGAGUGAGCACGCCAUAGAGUCGCUGGUGCUAUCCGUCGAGAACAUCACACAUCUCGACUUGCGCGGCAACCGUCUCACUGCGGCCUUUGGGUGGAAGCUCAUCAAGGCGAUGAAAAAGAAGUACUUGAAUCUCGAGUUCUGCAAUGGAAUUCCUUUGAGGGCGCUUCGCAUGAACACCAUCGACAACUUGGACCUGUCUCCCUGUGCCAGUCAUAUCGGCAUGCCCUGGGGAGAGGACUCGAAGGAGGCAGCCAUGGAGUUCGCGAACCGGGGCAUGUACGGCAUCGAGGUGGUGGGCGCGAUUUUCCUAGCGCACUUUCUCCGCUUGAACACGUCUCUGACCAGGUUUAACUUCAGGCUGAACCAUGUGGAGAAAGACGGCGCCAAGGCAUUGGCGCAGAGCUUGCUGGGCAACGCGCAGACAGUGCUGCGGACGGUGAACACUAUGGGGCCGACAAAGAUGAAGCCGGGAAUCGACUUCGGCCACUUCAAGACUGGACAACUGACGACCGUUGACCUCUCCAAAAGAGGCAUGGACGAUGAUGACUUUGUCUUCCUGGAGGAGUGGCUGCGUCGCUAUGACUGUGUCACCGAUCUCAACAUCUCCUGGAACUUCAUGUCCCGGGACGGUGUCCGCAAGCUUGCCCGCCACAUCAAGGAGUCCAAGGUCCUCACAAAGCUCAACUGUGUUGGCCUGCCCGUCACCCUAGAGGGCUCCGGUCUCAUCGCGCGCUCCGUGGUGGAGAACCACACCCUUCGGCAAGUGGGGCUGCCGUUGGGGCAUUGCCACGACACCCCGGAGCGCCAGCAGAUGCUGCAGCAGCUGGGCGUGGGGCUGGCGAGCCACCCCACGCUGCAGAGCUUCGCCUGCACCCGCACGCCCAACCUGGAAUAUGCCAGCUUGAACGAUGCCAGAGACAACAAGAUGCGCGCCGUGCCGCCGGAGCGGAGCGGUGGGUGGCCCCGCUCACAGCUGGCGGUGUUGAUGUGGUUCGUCUCCGCCACCAAGCCUGACCUGGAGAGGCUGACCAUCGGUCCAUCCGGCAAGCCCAAGGUGGAGUAUCCCAAGGAGGCUUGUCAAGGGGCCAAUGGUGACCUCAUCCCCGCCGCCUUGGGCAUCCUGCACGACGCCGGUCACCGUCUCCAGCAGGUGUCCAUCGCCUUGCCUGUGGGCUAUGGCCUGCGCACCAUGGAGCUCAUGCGCGUUCUCACCGUGUGCAACUCGAUGAGGGCUCUGAAGAUCCUCGGGUAUGCCUCUGUGGCCAUGAAGGAAUCCCAGCUGCCGCCGGAGUGGAACAACCUGGGCAGCGCGCCGCGCUGGCUCUUCGAGGACCGCUUGCAGCGGAAGAGGACGCACUGGCAGGCACUCCAUGGCCUCGUGUCGGCCCUGCCACAAUUGGAGCAGUUCAACGACUUGGCUCUGGGCGGUCCCAGCAUGCGCGAGUCGCCGGAGCUCACAUGUUUGCUCCUCAUGCAGUGCCUCGAAGGCGUCGCCACGGACCUUACGGAUGGCGCCGGCUCCGAGGCAGUGCUCAGGGCGAGUUUGCAGGCAGAGGCGGAUGUGGACUCCUUUUGCGACGUGCUUCGGCUCUUAAGCCGCACCCCGCUGAUGAUCGACCUGAACUUCUCAGAUAAGCGAACAGAGAUGGUGAAGUCUCAGCAGGCGCGCCUGGUGCCGCACCUCUCCGGGCAUGGAGAAGGCGUUCCGCGCUUCACCCACGCGAUUUCGCUGAGGAACAGCGUGGUCAGCGAGGCUCUGCUUCAGGGCCUGGAUUGUCACGCGCCGCUCCGGGAGUUUGGUUUCGAGAACAUCUCAGCUGUCCUCCCAUCUCUUUUUGCAGCCAUGUGCGGCCGGGAGAAGCCGCUGCCGGUGGAGCGGAUUCGCGUGGACCCAAAGUGGAUUACCUCCAGAUUUGCCAGGAAGCGGUUCAAGAAGCGCCAGCACAGUUGGCUGGACGGCAUUCAGGCAGCCAUGAUCCGCAGCGAACGCUUUGUGGAGUUGGUGAGCGCUGGGACUUCCAUCCCGCAGCAGGAGAUUGAGAGUAUGUCUCCCAAAGAUUUCGCAGACGCUCUCACCGGAGUCGCCUUGGAGGAUCCCUUUCCAAUUGAGGUGGACAGACUGCAUCCUCCCCACAUGCAGUACCUGUGCUUUCCCAGCCGCAGAGCCUUCGAGAAUCCCCCGGAAGAUCCGACGCAGAACCUUUGGGUGCCGUUGCCCAUGGACGAAGAGGCUCGGAACGAGCUGCGGCUUGCGAAGCUCUCGUUUGCCAUGUGCGGCUUGCGGCAGCAGCUGCAGUUGCAGGCACGGCCCGAUGAAUGGCCUGACUCCUCAAAGCCUUUGUGGUGCGGAAAGGGGAGUCACCUGCGCUUCGCGCGACCGGGGGAUGAGCUGGAGGCUGCCGAGCCUGACACCGAUGACACGGCGCCCGUGCGCUUCCACUGGCGUCCGGACCUGCGUCUGGGCAGCGCUUUGGCCUGCGCCAUGAUCUCCGAGGAGCUGCUGCCGAACGAGCCCAGCUUCGCGGAGAACUUGCUGCACGAGGCGCUGCGCAGUCUGCUGCACGAGGACUCCACGCUGCACGAGCUGGACAUGCGGGGCAACGGCCUCACCCGCGAGGAUGCGAACCUGUUGCUGGAGCUUGUGUGCAACCACAAGAGCCUCGUUCGUCUGAACCAGAUCCCAGUGUUGGAGGAGGAAGCGGCGACCUGCCCAUCGCUGGUUCUGGACGGCCUUGGCAAAGAGCCCGAGAAGCCCCAGGUUGAUGAUCCCUAUGCAGAUGACGAGCAGGAGGAUCCGACGGAUGAAGCCUUCGUAAAAGAGGUGUUCCAGCAUCAGUUUGCCAAAAUGGACGAAGGUGACGGCUACAUUUUCCUGCAGCUGGUGGCUCCGAACUCCUUCCCUGAGCUCCGUGAGGUCACGCUCCGCAAGCUGGAGAUCCCGCAAGAUUCCACGCUGGCACAUAUCACGGACGCUCUACUGAACUUGCGCUCGGUCGAGGUGCUGCGCCUCUCAGACUUGCGACUCUCGAGCCGGGGGGCCAGCCUUUUGCUCCAGGCGGUAGCGGAGCUGGCGCCGCGCCUUACCAGCCUGAACGGGCUGCCGUUGGCAAGACUGGUGCAGCUGAAAGACCACCCAGAAGGCAAUCCGCUGGAUCUGUCGGACAGCAUUGAAUGGAAUGACUUCACUCUGGGCGUCAUGGCGCGGCUAAACCUCUGGUCUGUGGUCAGCUUUCAUCACGGUGCAGGCGGCACAACAGAGCUCAAGUUGCAAGGUCAUAGCUUUACAGACGUUGGCCUCCGGGGGCUUUGCGCCAUGCUGCGCCACUUUGCCGGGCAGGGCACCGCUCGAAGCAGUAACGUCAACCUGACCAAGAUCGACUUGUCUGGCAACAUGCAGAUCACGGAUGCCACUGUGGCAGACUUGUGUCACACGCUCAAGACUCCGCUCAUGGGCAGCACCUUGCGCCUCAAGGAGCUGAACUUGCGGGGCUGCCUGCGCCUGAAGACUCGCUCGGCGUACGAGCUGCUGAAUUUCGUCCAGCACAUUCGGGAGGCUUCUCGAGAGGCCGGAGCCCUGCCCAGCACACUGCGCAUGGUCAACGGCAUCGACCUCGAGGCUUUGCAGGCAGCGCGCAACGCGGGGACAGCCUCCCGAACCACUGCGCCGCCUAUGCUGUUGCGAAACUUUCUGGAGCCACAGCCAAAGCAGCAGGGCAAAGCCCAAUCGCUAUCCUCGAUGUCAGAGUGCGACGUGCACUUUUUUGCUGGGGUGAUGCACCAUUUCCAGAACAUUCCCUACUGCCACGUGCACAUCAUGAUUCCUCCCAAGUUGCUGCAGGAUGACGGCCUCGGCGAAGUGUGGGGCAGGCCACCACAGCAUGCCAAUGCGCCCUGCAGCAACGACAGCCCCUUCCCCCCGCCGGUGGCCGGCGGACGCCUGGCGGCUGUGGCGGCCCAGCUGCAGGCGCAGGUCGACUCCACCUGCCGGCUCUUCGAAGCCUGCCCCAUUUUGGCGGAGCUUCGGGUGUCCGUGGUGCCUGCCGUUCCGGGCUGUCAGGAGAUUCUGUCUGGAGCCGGACACGAAGCCCUUGUCACGUCGGGUGCAUCUGGGGCCUCUGCAAUGGACUGCUUCAGCACCGCCAAGCAGAAGCUGCAGGAGAAGGCCGCCAAAAAGCGGAAAGGGAAGCAAGGCGAAGGCGUGGCGAAGGCUCUGUACGUGAACAACAUCAACCGGCAGCGGCUUCACUGCUGCUUCAGAACCCUUUACGGGAAGGACGAUGCCGAGCUGGCACAUGGCGACAUCAUGUCCGGGGCAGAGGCGACCAUCAGUUUGCCCAGCGAUGUGGAUGUGUCCAACCUCUUCUCCGUUGCCACGUCUGUGGACCUGCAGCAUCUCGACCUGAGCCCGUCGCACAUCGCCAAGCUCCCGGAGCUCACGGAGAUGCCAGCGCUGACGCAUGUGAACCUCAACAACAAUCACCUUGGCGACGUUGGGGUGGAGUUGCUGUUCAGAGCGCUCGUGGACAGCGGCAGCAGCAUCGAGCAUUUGGCCGUGUCAUCCAACAACGUGGGAGAUGAAGGCGCCGCCAUCAUCGCCGCCAGCCUCGGAAGUUUGCCUCGCCUCACCAGCCUGGAGAUCUGCGACAACUUCAUCCAGGAGCGGGGCAGCAUUGCCCUAGCAGAGGCGAUUGCCGGGGUUCCUCCUCCCGAGGAAGACGAGGGAGAUGAGGUCGCACAGGUACCGCUGCCAGUCCUCUCAGUGGACCUCAAGGGUAAUCGCAGCCGCGAGCUCGGCGCUCGACGCUGGGCAGAGGUGAUUUGCAACCACCCGGACCUGAAGUUCCUGAACUUGGCGCAGAAUGAGCUGGGCUGCCUGACCAAGGAGAUCUUCCUGGAUAUAGUUUGUGCUGCCGUGGCUUCGGCAUCUUUGAGCGUGCUGGACCUUCAAGACAACUUCCCCAAAGGUGGCUUCGGCAACUCGGAGAUGGGUCCGCCACCCCCGGAGGUCAUCGAGGAGCUUUUGGCAGAGCUCCCACCUGGAGAGUAUGACAAUGCUGAAGUUCGGAGAGGAGUCUUCAUCCGGAGACAUCGCGGAAGUGCGGACAAAAAGGGACGACAACCGCAACAAGGAUCUGCGCCGAGUCAGCGCCACACCCAUGCCGGGCAUACUGGGCACUCGCCGGUGGUCACUCAGCACACUCCGUCCUGAGUGCACCAGAUGCGAAAGGAUCCCCUUUGCCUUUUGGCGGCGAUUCACAGAGAAACUCAAUGAAUGUUUGGG